AUGGGGCAAUGUCUGAGGUACCAGAUGCACUGGGAGGAUUUGGAAGAAUACCAGGCCUUGACCUUCUUGACCAGGAAUGAAAUCCUGUGCAUCCAUGACUCCUUCCUGAAGCUCUGUCCCCCCGGGAAGUACUACAAGGAGGCCACGCUGACCGUGGACCAAGUCAGCUCCCUGCCAGCCCUGAGGGUCAACCCUUUCAGAGACCGAAUCUGCAGAGUGUUCUCCCACAACAACGUGUUCUCCUUUGAGGAUGUGCUGGGCAUGGCGUCUGUGUUCAGUGAGCAGGCCUGCCCCAGCCUGAAGAUAGAGUACGCCUUCCGCAUCUAUGAUUUUAACGAGAAUGGCUUCAUUGACGAGGAGGAUUUGCAGAGGAUCAUCCUCCGGCUGCUCAACAGCGACGACAUGUCAGAGGAACUGCUGACCGACCUCACCAGCCAUGUCCUGAAUGAGUCGGAUCUGGACAACGACAAUAUGCUGUCUUUCUCAGAGUUUGAACACGCGAUGGCCAAAUCUCCAGAUUUCAUGAACUCCUUUCGGAUUCAUUUCUGGGGAUGUUGA